AUGCCUGGUGCGCCUGCGGCUGAAGCCCCGCAGUGCCAUGGCGUUGCGCCGUUGCGGCUAUGCUCCAGGGCGCGCGUGCAGGGCGAGGUGGAAAUGGUGGAGGUGGCUACCCAGAUUUGGCUGGGAGACUUUCUGACGGCCCAAGAGCAGCUGGAGGAGGCUGGGACUGCUUCAGGCCUUCUGCAGGCUGUACAGCAGAUACUUAGCGAGAUGCCACGGGCUGAAGCGGCUUCCGUGGCCUUCGUGGCAAGGCGCGUGUCGCAGGCUUUGGCGAAAGAGAAGCUCGGUGCCAAGCGGAUCCUGGGAACUCUGACGCUGCGAGACGGCGUGGAGCUGGGCUAUGCCUGG